CUCCUCGGUCUGCACGCAAUCGAUUGCGCGUCGCGUUACAACGUCGCGCGCGCACACGCACACGCCGCGCGUAUAUAUAUAUACAGUGAUAGUGUAUAAUAUUAUGAGAGCGCGCGGCGUGGUGCGCGUUAUGACGCGGGCGCGCGCGCUGGUUCGCUCGGCGGCCGAGCUGGGAGGCGGCCGUCGCCCGAGCCGCGUUCCGCGCGCGGCGCACGUUUUACAACUCUGCCUCGCCGUGCGUGUGCGCGUGUGUACGAUAUCGUAUAUAUGUAUAUAUAUACGCAUACACAUUGCGCUGCACACGUAUACGUUUGCGCGUUAUACGCGCGACGUCGACGCCUAGCGAUUCCCUCGACCGCACCGUAAUAUUAUUACGCGCGCGCGGCGCAUGUAACGGCGGCGGCGGAAAAUUUAUUAUUAUUAUUACAUUAUCGCAGUCACAGUCGCAGUCCGAGCGUCGCGCGUCAAAAACCGCGCACGUCCUCGCAGCAGUAGCGCAACCGCGUGCACGCGCAUCAUCAUAGCAUAUUUUUACGUGGCUUGUAUACGGACGUCGUUCAAGUCGCGGUCCGGUCUUGUGGUAUCAAUAAUCGUGUGGGUCUAGUAUUAUUAUCACCGCGACAUGAAAAAAUAAGCGUCCGUAUAGAUAGUCGCAUACGCGUAACAUGACAAUAUAUUAUUGAGCACCUGUAAAUAUUGUAAUAUCAUCAAUAUAAUAUUGUGUUUGGCAAUAACGUACACGCUUGAGGUACCGGCCAGUACACGAUAACAUAAUAUCGUCGUGAUAUUUACGCGCCCGACGCGGCCGCAAUAAUAUAAUAAAAUAAUUAAUUGUAGUCGCGCGCCGUCCGAGACGACCAGCGGCCGAACAUGAAGAAGACGGCGAGCAAAGCGCGCGACGAAAAACUGUUGGCCGCGGUCCGCGAUCGACCGGUGCUCUACGAUCAGUCAAUGCACGUGUUCAAGGACUACGGCGCCAAGAACGCCGCGUGGAAAGAGGUGGGCUCCGCCGUGGUCGGGUCUCAGGACAAACAGAACGUGGAACGGUUGAAAGUCCGGUGGAAAACGCUACGGGACGGUUUCGUGAGGCAUCUGAAGAAGAAAAAGACGAUGGAGAUGUACACCGCGGCGGCGGCCAUGCGCCCGUACAAGCUGGAGAAGCAAAUUGCGUUCCUGUUGCCGCACGUGUCCUUCCGCGACGAGGACGACAACGGAAGUAGCAACGGCGACGAGGACAACACCUCUUCGCUGCUGAUGGCCGCCGACAUCAAGCCCGCCAUAGAAUGCGAACCGUCGGCGUACGACCAACAGCAGACGGCCGCCGAAAUGCUCUACGAACAGUCCAACAUGGACAAGUCUUGCAGCGAACACGAAGCCCUGGACAGGUCCAUACAUUUCCUGUGCGACCAGCGGUACAAACAGGCGGCCGCCACUAAUUACAAAUUAGAAGACAUGGACUCGGUGGACGCAUUUUUCCAUGCCAUGGCACAAACAGUCAAACAGUUGAAACCCAUCACUGUGGCAAAGAUAAAGAGAGCAGUGUCAAUAAUUGUGUCAAAUGCAGAAAUCGAAGAAAUGGAGACUACUGUCGCGUGCGGAAAGUUUCCUAUGACAGUUCCUAUUACAAAUGAACCUAAAAAAUAGAAUUUUAAGCGCUACCUAUGAUAUGUUUGUACAAAAAGUUAAAUCAUUUAAUAAGAUUAUGUAUUGUACUAUUUAAGGAUAUUAAUGUUAAGCAAAUUUUAGUAAACAAUGUUCAAUGUUAAACUUAAUAAGUAUCACGACAAUGAGAAAUAAAAAGUUGUACACUAGUGGUGGGUGCUGAAUAUUUUUUCAUAACAGUGAGAAUAAGAACGACGUAUUCUGUAGUUCUGUAUAGACAAACUUAUGUGUAAUCGCUCACUACUUUUUUUUAAACUACUUAAUGUACAGUCAUAAAUUCAUGUUAUAUUAUAAACACAUACUUUGUUAUUGUUUUCAGUUCUGACAACUACUUCAUAGACCAUAGUGGCACAAAAUAUAUAUAGAACAUACAACACGAUUAAUCCACAUGAAAUAGUAAUAACAUAAUAUUUAUUUAACAGUUAACACAUGAAUGAUGAACAGAAUAAUUAGCAAGAAAUACAAACAUUAAUAUUAUGAUUUUAAAUUGUUAAAAAUCUAGUAAUAAUUUAUAAAUUGUUUAUAAUCUAACAAUAAUUCAAACAUUGGAUUAGUACAAAAAAAAAAAAUUAUCUUUACUGAAACAAAAUAUCAGUAUGUAUUAUCUAAAUUUUGAUCAAUGAUUGGUACAAUAAGUUAAUUAAGUAUUUUUUGUUACAAAUACUUAAUCGAGAAUUUCCAAAGAUGUAUACUGUUGUUAACUAAUAACUAUAUGAUAUAAGUUGUACAAAUAAAUGUAUAUGGUAUAUUAUAUUAUUUACUAUAAAAUAAAAA